AAUUGUAGCGAGGGAAGCUGUCGGAGUUGAGGAGGAGCUGCGACAAGGUCGACAACAGCAUCCUACGCUGAACAACAGAAACAACCACAGGUGGACGGCCUUUUGUGCUGUGGUUCCGUGCUACAUAACGGAAGAGGAGAUUUUGGGACUUUUUGUCGUAGUAGAAGAAGGAAGAAAGUGCUAUAAAGUUUCCAGCCAGUAGCCGCAUGUUCUGAGGAAGCUAACGAGCUACCCUCCACUGCUGCCGCUCUCCGCUCGGCUGCCCUGCGGUUCCUCUGACCAGGCGGAGCGGCGUGUUCUCCCCUUUAAAUCAGAAGACAGUUAUUAACGGGCGACUCCCAAGAUUCCACCCUUUGUCCAGUUAGAUUUGUGGGUCACAAACAGUUUUUACACACGGGUUCUACGUUCAUUUGUGUUUUUGUGCCAUGUCAGCACCAUCUUCCGCGUCUUCCGCUACGGCGGAGAACGCCGCGACGGAACGUGAUUUUCUAGCCCCAGAUGCGGGCCAGAAGCCGCCGGGUCCGACGCCCAGCCAGAGCCGUUUCCAGGUGGACCUUGUGGCUGAGGCUGCGGGCGCCGCCGAUGAUAAGUCCCCGAGCUCCGACGCUUCCGCCACUGCUCCGGAGGGUCCAGAUUCUGAUCCAGGGGUCAGCAGCGAGGAAGCCAAAGGCCGGUUUCGGGUGGUGAACUUUGCCGAUCCGAGCGGAGCGGGGAGCGCUGCCUCUCCAGAGGCGGCGCCGGCUGAGGGAUUGCAGAACGGGGACACGGUGAUGAGCGAGACCAGUUUGCAUUCAUCCACAGGGGGCCAGCAUCACUAUCACUAUGACACCCACACCAACACCUAUUACCUGAGGACUUUUGGUCACAACACCAUCGAUGCCGUGCCCAACAUCGAUUUCUACCGGCAGACAGCAGCGCCGCUGGGGGAGAAACUCAUCAGACCCACCCUGUCGGAGCUGCAUGACGAGCUGGACAAGGAGCCAUUUGAGGAUGGGUUUGCCAAUGGUGAUGAGCUGACACCGGCUGAGGAGGCUGCUGCUAAGGAAGCAGCCGAUUCCAAAGGAGUGGUUAAGUUUGGAUGGAUUAAGGGAGUGCUGGUCCGCUGUAUGUUGAACAUUUGGGGUGUGAUGCUCUUCAUCCGAAUGUCAUGGAUCGUGGGCCAAGCUGGCAUUGCUCUGUCCUGUUUGAUCGUCGCCAUGGCUACCGUAGUGACGACCAUCACUGGCCUCUCCACCUCAGCCAUCGCCACCAAUGGAUUUGUACGAGGAGGUGGAGCAUAUUACUUGAUUUCUCGAAGUCUGGGGCCAGAGUUUGGAGGUUCUAUUGGUCUGAUCUUUGCCUUUGCCAAUGCAGUGGCUGUCGCCAUGUAUGUGGUGGGCUUUGCUGAAACUGUUGUGGAACUUCUUAAUGGUGUUGAUGCCAUCAUGACAGAUGAAACCAAUGAUAUUCGAAUUAUCGGAACAAUCACAGUCAUCCUUCUCCUGGGCAUCUCUGUGGCAGGAAUGGAAUGGGAGGCAAAGGCCCAGAUCUUCUUGCUUAUUGUCCUCAUUACAGCCAUCAUCAACUACUUCAUUGGAACCUUCAUUUCUGUCAAAUCAAAGGAAUCUGCUGGCUUCCUUGGCUAUGACGGCUCAAUCAUGUGGGAGAACAUGGGUCCGGACUUUCGAGGCGAGACAUUCUUCUCUGUAUUCGCCAUAUUCUUCCCUGCUGCCACCGGUAUUCUAGCUGGAGCCAACAUUUCAGGAGAUCUUGCUGACCCACAAUUGGCCAUUCCCCGAGGAACUCUUCUAGCCAUACUGAUCACAGGAAUAGUCUACCUGGGUGUUGCUGUUUCAACAGGCUCUUGUAUUGUGAGAGACGCUAGUGGAAAUAUGAAUGACACAGUCAGUUCUCAGUUCGCGAUGAACUGCACUGAUGCUGCCUGCAAAUUUGGCUAUGACUUCUCUACCUGCAAGAGUGAAAAAGAUGGCUGCCGCUAUGGGCUUCAUAAUGACUUCCAGGUAAUGAGCCUCGUUUCUGGUUUUGGGCCCAUCAUCACAGCUGGAAUAUUCUCUGCCACUCUGUCUUCAGCUCUGGCCUCUUUAGUCAGUGCACCUAAAGUUUUCCAGGCUUUAUGUAAGGAUAACAUCUACCCAGGGCUGCAAAUGUUCGCCAAAGGCUAUGGCAAGAACAAUGAGCCACUCCGAGGCUACAUCCUAACCUUUGGUAUCGCUUUGGCCUUCAUCCUCAUUGCUGAGCUGAACACAAUCGCCCCCAUCAUCUCCAACUUUUUCUUGGCAUCCUAUGCCUUGAUCAACUUCUCAGUGUUCCACGCCUCACUGGCUAACUCACCAGGGUGGCGCCCCAGCUUCAAAUACUACAACAUGUGGGUUUCCCUUGCUGGAGCCAUACUGUGCUGCGUGGUGAUGUUUGUCAUCAACUGGGCAGCUGCCCUCCUGACCAACGUCAUCGUUCUGGGUCUUUAUAUCUAUGUCAGCUACAAGAAGCCAGAUGUGAACUGGGGCUCAUCAACCCAGGCCCUGACCUACCACCAGGCCCUGACCCACACUCUCCAGCUCAGUGGGGUGGAGGACCACAUCAAGAACUUCAGACCCCAGUGUUUAGUGAUGACUGGUUACCCCAAUUCUCGUCCUGCUCUUCUGGAUCUGGUCCAUAGCUUCACCAAGAACGUAGGACUGAUGAUCUGUGGCCAUAUUCGCACGGGCUACAGACGGCCAAACUUCAAAGAUCUUGCCACAGACCAGGCCCGCUAUCAGCGUUGGCUGCUGAAGAAUGACACCAAGGGCUUCUACACGCCAGUGUUUGCUGAGGACCUGAGACAGGGGUCUCAGUACUUACUCCAGGCUGCUGGUCUCGGUCGCCUCAAGCCAAACACCCUGGUGCUGGGCUUUAAGAACGACUGGAGGGACGGCGACAUGAUGAACGUGGAGACUUACAUCAGUAUGAUCCAUGAUGCCUUCGACUUCCAGUUUGGUGCUGUCAUUCUGCGACUAAAAGAAGGGCUGGAUGUGUCACAUAUUCAAGGACAAGAUGAGUUGCUGUCUUUCCAGGAGAAGACGUCAGGAAUGAAGGAUGUGAUCGUGUCAAUAGACACCAGUAAAGAUUCUGAUGCCGACUCAUCCAAGCCAUCCUCCAAGGCCACCAGCCUCCAGAACAGUCCAGCUAUACAGAAAGAUGACGAUGAUGAUGGCAAAGCUCCAACUCAGCCCCUGUUAAAAAAAGACAAGAAAAGCCCAACAGUACCCCUGAAUGUGUCUGACCAGAGGCUGCUGGAAGCCAGCCAGCAGUUCCAGAAAAAACAGGGGAAAGGAACAGUGGAUGUCUGGUGGCUGUUUGAUGAUGGAGGACUGACCUUGCUGAUCCCAUACCUACUGACCAACAAGAAAAGGUGGAAGGACUGCAAGAUCCGUGUCUUUAUUGGAGGCAAAAUCAACAGGAUUGAUCAUGAUCGCCGAGCAAUGGCCACUCUGCUGAGUAAAUUCAGGAUAGACUUCUCGGACAUCACUGUGCUGGGAGACAUCAAUACCAAGCCCAAAAAGGAGCAUGUGGCAGCCUUUGAGGAGAUGAUUGAGCCAUAUCGCCUGAAAGAAGACGACAUGGAACAAGAGGCGGCUGAGAGGCUGAAGAACAGUGAACCGUGGAGGAUCACCGAUAAUGAGCUGGAGCUGUACCGCGCCAAGACCAAUCGUCAGAUCAGACUCAACGAGCUGCUGAAAGAGCACUCAAGCACGGCCAACCUCAUUGUAAUGAGCCUGCCAUUAGCCAGGAAGGGUGCAGUGUCCAGCGCUCUGUACAUGGCCUGGUUGGAGGCGUUGUCCAAGGACCUGCCGCCCAUACUCCUGGUGCGCGGCAACCACCAGAGUGUCCUCACGUUCUACUCUUAAACGCACACCACCAGAAAGAAAACCCAUGUUUUUAAGUCUUACAUCCACGUUAGCCUCUGGGGGCACAUCCACCUACACAUCCCAGUUCCAGUCCAAACCUAAAGGUGCAGCACAUACACUCCAAAGAUGGUAGAAAACACAGCCACUGAUGGACACCAUGCUGGUAAUACGAGUAAGAAGUGAUAUUGUUUGAGACGUAAUGAAGCGCUACAUGUGAUGAAAGAAUGUCAGGAUUAGGGUGGGAGCUGGUUGCAUGGCUGCCCACUCUGCUUCUUUCUUUCUUUUUGUUCCAAGAUGUCUGCGUUUUUCUCAUGUAGCUCCAGUUUCUUCUAAUUUCCUCGUACAAAGCUGUCACUUUUUUUAAAGUUGAUUUUUCUCAGGCUCCAAAGCAGUAGUGCACAAUGUUAAUGGUGUUGUUCUCAUGUUAUGAAAUAUCUUGAUGUCCAACCUGUUACGUUAGUUAGAGCAGUUGUUGUGUUUGUUGCAGCAAUAAUCACCCUGUUGUUUUCUUUAAAUAUUGGGAGAGAACCAUACAGAACGCUUUGCAACACCCUCUUAAGCCUUAUGGAUGUGCCUUCCAGUUGAAUCAGAAUAAAUAUUUGUAAUCGCUAUCCAGAUUGACAAUAUUACCUAUUAUACUGGUGGAUAAUGGUUAGUUGUUGGUUUUUCUUUUUGUUUGUUUUAUAAUGUGAUUCCUUCUUAUUUGGAGCAUUGUAUUUAUGAGUGGAUUGCAACAAUUUAACAAAGGAGUCCACUUGAUUGAACGUUUUCUCAGUUAAUGCUCUCUCUAUUUUACCUUAAUCAGCAUGUUGAUGUUGCAACAGUUUUGUUUUUGUUUGAUUUCUUCACUUUUGAGUCUUCCUUUAUAAAGAUGUCUAUUUACAGUAGCCUCAACUACUCAACACAAGACACAAUUUAUCUUUUGGGCACAGUGCCUAGAAAAAAGUGCACAUGGUCUUAAAUUUAAGAUCUCACUGUCACAAAAGAUGUGAAUCUAGUUUUUCGUGAACCUUGUCAGGUGGAAAGACUAUCUCUCCCAUGUAGCUGCUGAUCGACUAAAUUGUUUCUUUCAACAACAUUCUGUGUUUCUGUGUCCACAUGUAGAGUUCUUCCCAUGUAAAGAAACUCCUCUAUCCAACAAGCUAGUUAAAACCUUGCCUUAAUGCUAGAACUAACGAUUGUCAUGAAUUCCUUUUCUCUUAUAAGCCAUACUGGCUGAAUGGUUUGUGAGUAAAUGCAGAUAAUGAUCCAGUGCUAAUAUGUUAGAAGUUUCAGCACACUUGUCUUCUGUGCUGUAUAUGCAUCUUCAUUUUCUUCCUGUAGUCCACCCACCUUAGUCUGUUACAGUGCUUGCUGUAGGUCUGUGUGUUGCUGGUGAAGUGGUUAAUAUAGUAACAUAAAUCCCACAUUUCCAGUGUUGGCACCGCUGUAGACUUGACAUAUGCGCUCAGGCAGACUUGGCUGGCUGCUUAUUUGCUGUGUGGGUGUAUGAAGGACUGCUGGUCUCCCAUUCCCCACAAAGCCUGGAUGGGCUGAGAGAUGAAUGACAUGCAAGCUUCACACUGGAAGAUUUUCUGGCAGAAGAAUGUGUCAAGGCUGAGUGAAGAUAUACCUCUAUGCAUAUGAGCUCGUGUUGCAUGUACUUAGAAUUGAAGUCCACUGCUCCAUCAUGUGAGGAUCUGCUCGCCUCAGUUCAUCAGGAGCACUUUAGGCACAUCCCUCUCCUUUACUCUAAUUAUUACUAUCACUGACUUUUAGCCUUUUUUUUAGGGUACCUUGACUCUAAAAAUACCCAUAUAUAGACCAACUCACAGUCAGAUAGUCAUGUUCUAAAUAAGUCAAGUGUUCCUUGUUCUACCAUGAACUUAGAGAAUAUUGGUCUGAGGUUACUGUUUUAUAUUAUAACUGGUUACUGCUGUUACAAAGCCACAGUACAGUAUAACGGUUACUUAGUGAAGUAGUAAAGUUACAUUGAUUUUAAAGGUGUGUUCAGACUGAAUGCCAUCUGGUGGAUGAAACUAUACCCAGUGCAGUGAAAAUUGCUGCAUCCACACAUGGAGAAAAAUUAUCCUUACCCCAAAAUCUCAACUCAUAGAACAAGAACACAGAAAUUUACAAGAGACUUUGUAAAAGCAGGUAAAGAAAGUCUUUUUUAAAGUGCAGAGCUUACAGCAAAGUCAUCAAAGGUGAUUGAAGCCCAACUACAGCAGUGAAACUUGUCUAGAUAACAUGACGGUAAAACAUUUGUUCAGUCUGAAUGUACCUUAAGGAUGGCUUAAAUUGUACCUGCAUAAAUGAGUGAUUGCAUUUGAAUUGCGGAUGACAUGACCAGCCAUUGUGUAAGCAGGAUGAUGUGUUGCUAACAGUGCAGUUUGUCAUAAAAUGUCUGCACAGGUCAUUGCAGGUGGUCUACUGUUUUCCAUUUUCAACAACUUGGUUUUAAACUACAGUGCAAUUCAGAAUAAAAGAAGGUCUCUUUGGACUGCUAGGGAUUAUGGUUGGUGAUAUUAAAACUGCCACAAACCUAAUGGAAUAAAACAGGGUAUUUUUUGUAAUGUA